AUGGGAAAUCAGAUGGGCAAACAUGGUGGGAAACGUGAGAUGCCUCAACAUGCGGCGCCUAAGGUCGCGAGAAAGAUGGGGAAGCCAGGUCGUGGACUCGAAGCCCUUAACAAACUACCUCAAGGUGAGUUUACUGCUUUUGUUAUAUUUUUGUUUGGACUAUGAUGGUUUAUGUAGUUUUGAUAGUGGUUUAUAUAUUUUUUUAUUUAUAAUAGUAGUUUAUGUCAUUUUUAUUUAUUUUUAUGUCAUUUGUAUCUAAAUUAACCUAUGGUAAGAUUACAGUAACCCCGCGACGUACAUGUCUUCUGCGACUUCUGAAGCACAAUCGAGUCCACGAUUACCUGUUGAUGGAAAGGGAGUUCAUUCAGCGACAAAACAACUUCAAACCCAUGGAUUCUCAACGGAAAAACGAGAGAAAACUGGUCCAAAGCCUCAGAGGUACCCCAACGGCCUUGGCCAGGAUUCACGAGUUAUUCAACGAUGAACAGGUAAACUUAUAAUUAAAAACAUAGUUCUUGAGUAAGAUAUGUUGUGUAACACUGUGUUAACAUGUCACCUUUUCAGCACGCUGUAGUUGUGGUGGAAGGCAGCAAAAGAGAAUGGUACAUUCCCAUAUUAUCCAUCGUCGACAAAGAACUGGUUCGUCUUAAUGCCCUGUGUCUCGUAAAAGCUGGUGGAGCCUUCAAGAACGUGCCGCUGGCUGUAGUCGGUGUAGUUCAGGACAACGUCGACUCCAAGGCCUUGUGCUACAAACUGGAGAAGGCUCCGAAAGAAUCCUUCGACGACAUCGGAGGUCUGGAUUCACAGAUUCAGGAGAUCAAAGAGUCCGUCGAACUCCCGCUAACACACCCAGAAUACUACGAAGAGAUGGGAAUCACGGCUCCAAAAGGAGUGAUUCUGUACGGUGAACCUGGUACUGGAAAGACGUUGCUGGCUCGUGCUGUAGCUCACAGUACGUCGGCCACCUUCCUCAGGGCCACAGGCUCCGAUCUGGUUCAGAAGAGCUCCGGAGAAGGGGCCCGGCUCGUGAGGGACCUCUUCAAGAUGGCCAAGGAAUGUGCACCAUGCAUAGUGUUUAUCGACGAAGUGGACGCUGUAGGCACGAAGAGGUUUGACACGUCCAGUAAGGGUGAACAGGAAGUUCAGAGAACCAUGUUGGAGCUUCUGAACCAGCUGGACGGGUUCGAGAGUCGUGGUGAUGUCAAGGUAAAUCUUGGGGCUUGUGCUUCUUUCUAAAAAGUAUUAACUUAUAGUUUUAUUACAUUAUCAUCAUAUUCACGUAUAUUAAGGUAAAUUUGUAUAUUGUAGUAGAUUAAAAUUGGAUUUGAAACGAAUUCUGAUUCCAGGUUAUCAUGGCUACGAACAGAAUCGACUCUCUGGACCCUGCUUUGAUCCGUCCUGGCCGUAUCGAUCGGAAAAUCGAACUUCCGAAGCCAGAUGAGAAGACCAAGGUCAAGAUCUUCCAGAUUCAUUCAGCUGGAAUGUCGCUGGCCAAAGACAUCAAGAUGGAGAAGAUCAUUGCCAAGGAAAGAGACCUGUCUGGAGCUGACAUCAAGGUAAGAGUACUUAGCAAACAACUAAUAUAGUUACAUAUAUGUAUGAUAUAACGGUUGAGUUCAUGGUACCGUUAUGAAAAGCGAUAGAUUGUGUGGAACGCUACUCCAGUAUAUUACCCAUGGCUAAUCCAAAUAUUUCAGGCGAUUUGCACCGAAUGUGGUAUGUUGGCAUUGAGAGCGCAACGCAAGAUGGUGUCGCUGGCUGACUUUGAGAAAGCGGUCAAGAAUGUCCUCAUGAAACGCACGUCUGAAGUCCCUGAAGGCAUCUACAUCUGA